AUGGACCUUAUAGCCAUGUAUCCAAAUGAUUAUGAGGUUGACAACUCUGACAUCAAUAAUCACCCCACUUAUUCAACAAGCUUAAGGAAGUUCUUCCAUGCUAUUAAAAAUUACCUCCAGCAAUUCAAGCACAAGACAACUGCUGAAGACUUGAACUGUGUCUCAGGAUUGACAACCGAAUGUAAGUUUGCGGCUUAUGAGGAAGUGCGUUUGAAACACCUUGUCGAACAUAUAACAAAAUCUCUUCUGUUUUUUGAAAACUGUACACUCUGCAAUGCAGAACGAAACCUUGCCACGUCGCGGUUUGUUCCUUCAGUAGUGAGCAUAACUGACAAAACGAGGCAGCUGAUCAUCGUGCUUCAAACUGAUGUUGAAAAAGAGUUUUUAAAGAGGCCUACGAGUCAUUGCUAUCGAAUGUUAAGCAGUUACUUUCACAAAUUUCUGAACUUAAGCUCCCUAUAAUAAAACCGCGAUGGCUAGACUUAACCGAUGCUGGCCCAGGAGUGGCAGUUUCCAAUGGUGAUGUACGUGUUCAUGAUGCAGAAAUGGCCAUGUUCCUGGGAUCUGACUGGCGAUGUCGAUGUCACCGAGAUAGGCGCGACAGCUGUCAAAAUGAGGCUGAACGAACUAACAGUGCUUUGGGAGAUGCUAUUGCAGAUGGAGGAACAAUAGAAUGGGAAUAUUAUGAACAGUUCCAUGAUCUGACGGAUGAGCAGGUGCAGAAUUUAUCUUUGAAAGAAUACACAGAGCACGAAGAAGCUCGGAUGAAGAAAAAUGCUUGGAAAGUUGCUGUUAAUGUCAAAAUCCGGCUUGAUGACGCCCCUGUGUUGAAAGAGUUUGUUAAGGCUCAUUUAACAAAACCAGAAGAUAAACAGUACUUCUUCAAUAAGGAUAACCUUAAACAGUACCUAAAUGCUCAGUCUGAAGAAAAAACGUCAGUACCUGGACAUGGAUACAUGGAGACUGGGAAGGAGUUUUACGAUAUGCACUAUCAGACUGGCGAACUGAGUUCUUGA